AUGAGUACUAAAGAGAAAAUUGAAAUUGAUUCAUCAAUAAAAACCCCAAAAUCAUCAACAACAGUAACACCAACAAUAUCGAAAGAUGAAAUUUCCAAUAACAACAUAACCAAAAAAGAACCAGUAGUAAAUGAAAAAGAAAAGAAGAAAGAAGCAUUUAUAACAAGAACAAUAUGGACAUUAAUAAUGAUUACCUUCUUCUUCAUUAUAUUAGCAUCAGGUCAUUUACCAAUUAUAAUAAUGAUUUUAAUUUUUCAAUUUUUAACUUUCAAAGAAAUUAUUGCAUUAACUUCUGAGCCUGCAAGAGAUAAAAAUAUUCCUUAUAAUAGAUCAUUAAAUUGGUAUUUCUUGUUUACUACUUGGUAUUAUUUAGAUUUUCCAUCAUUAGCUGAUUUUUUCCAAGACAAGAUUUAUUCAAAUAAAAUUUUAACAUUAUUGGUUAUAAAUCAUAAAUUUGUAAGUUAUACUUUAUAUAUUGCUGGGUUUAUAUUUUUUGUUUGGACUUUAAAGAAAGGAUUUUAUAAAUUUCAAUUUGCUCAAUUAUGUGUUACUCAUAUGACUUUAUUGUUGGUUGUUUUCCAAGCUCAUUUAAUUAUUGCCAAUAUUUUACAUGGAAUCUUUUGGUUCUUUUUACCUUCUGCAUUAGUUAUUGUUAAUGAUAUUUUUGCUUAUAUUUGUGGUAUUACAUUUGGAAGAACUCAAUUAAUUGAAAUUUCCCCUAAAAAAACAGUUGAAGGAUUUGUUGGGGCUUGGAUAUGUACAGGUAUAGCAGCAGUUAUUGGUUCAUAUGUAUUAUCAAAAUCUGAUUAUUUAAUUUGUCCAGCCCAAAAUUUAUCAACUCAUUUAUAUAAUUAUCCGUUAUGUGAACCAAAUCCAGCUUUUAUACCACAAGUUUAUCAAUUACCUCAAAAUAUAAUUGAUUUAUUAGGUGGUAACAUUGAAGUUAUUACUUUUAAACCUAUAUAUUUCCAUGCAGCAAAUUUGGCAACAUUUGCUUCCUUAAUUGCACCAUUUGGUGGUUUUUUCGCAAGUGGGUUAAAAAGAGCAUUUGGUAUCAAAGAUUUUGGUGAUACUAUCCCGGGACAUGGUGGUAUAACUGAUAGAUUUGAUUGUCAAUUUUUAAUGGGUUCAUUCACUUACUUAUAUUAUCAAACUUUUAUAAGUAAUCAUAAUGUUAAUUUAGGUAAAAUCUUACAAAUGGCUAUUAUAAAUUUAAGUUUACCUCAGUUAGUUCAAUUAGUUAAAAGUAUAUUAAGAUAUUUAAAUAGAGAACAAGUUAUUGAUGAUGCAAAAUUGAAAGUUAUUUUUGAUUUAUUAGAAGUUUCAACUUAA